AUGCCUGCACACACGCUGGUUGUAACAGCGCCUUUACAACCUAUGGCAGUCUCAAGACUCAUGCACUCACUCACACAGGUGAGCGUCCCUACGCCUGUACGCACCCUGGUUGUGGCAGCACUUUUAUGUCCUCUAGCCAUCUUGCACUACAUGUACGCAUUCACACAGGGGAACGUCCGUAUGCCUGCACGUACCCUGGCUGCACAAGUACCUUCACUCAGUCCAGCCACCUUCGAGUUCACAUGCGGAUCCAUACAGGGGAACGCCCGUACGUCUGCACACACGCUGGUUGUAACAGCGCAUUUUCGUCCUCUGGCAAUCUCAGAAAUCAAGUGCGCACUCACACACGGGAGCGUCCCUAGGCCU